GUUUUUAUAAAAUUUGUGACUUGUGAGUGUUCUUUCGUGGUGAGCCGGUUACAAUUUUUUCUUCAGUUAUAGUUUCUAUAUAGUUUGAAUUAAAUAAAAAAGCAACAUAAUGCUUGGAGAAACGACAUUCACACUCAUUCAGGUAUUAGAAAAAACUAUAUCACCAGAUCGAAAUGAAUUGGAAGCAGCAGAGAAAUACCUCGACCAUGCAGCUGACACAAACUUUACGACCUUCAUCAAGAUGCUGUCAGAUGUGCUGGUCCAGGGUGGUAACAGCCAGGUGGCGCGGAUGGCGGCCGGUUUACAGCUAAAAAAUCACCUCACUUCCAAAGAUCAUACACUUAAGCAGCAGUACCAACAGAGAUGGCUGGACCAACCUGAAGACAUUAGACAAUAUAUUAAAAAGAAUAUUUUAGCAGCAAUAGGCACUGAAAGCAAUAGGCCAAGUUCAGCUGCCCAAUGUGUUGCCUAUGUAGCUGUGGCUGAGCUGGGAGUGGGCCAGUGGAAUGAUCUUAUACCAACACUUGUAGAAAAUGUUGUCAAUGAACAGUCAUCGGAAUUGAAAAAGGAAGCAAGUUUAGAGGCUAUUGGUUAUAUUUGUCAAGAAAUAGAUGCGGAAGUAUUAACAGAACAGAGUAAUCCAAUUUUAACUGCUAUCAUACAUGGGAUGAGAUCGACUCAGCCUAGCAACCAUGUCCGUCUUGCUGCAACACAGGCCCUCCUUAACUCAUUAGAAUUCACAAAAGCUAAUUUUGAUAAAGAGAAUGAAAGGAACUUUAUUAUGGAAGUUGUCUGUGAGGCGACUCAAUCACCUGAUAUGAGAAUAAGUGUAGCAGCCCUUCAGUGCUUAGUAAAAAUUCUAUCACUUUACUAUCAAUAUAUGGAGCCUUAUAUGGGUCAAGCUCUGUUUCCUAUAACAUUAGAAGCCAUGAAAUCAGAUGUCGAUGAAAUAUCAUUACAAGGUAUAGAAUUUUGGUCCAAUGUUAGUGACGAAGAAGUAGAUCUGGCUAUUGAAAUGGCUGAAGCAACUGAAGCAGGUCGUCCUCCUGCAAGAACAUCGAGAUUUUAUGCUAGAGGAGCUCUCCAGUAUAUAGCACCUGUUCUUAUGCAAAAGUUAACCAAGCAAGAUGAUUCUGAUGAUGAACUUGAAUGGAACCCAUCCAAAGCGGCUUCAGUGUGUUUAAUGCUACUUUCGAACUGCUGUGAAGAUGAAAUUGUUCCUCACGUCUUACCGUUUAUUAGGUCGAACAUUAAAAGUGAACAUUGGAGAUUUAGGGAGGCAGCGCUUAUGGCGUUUGGAUCUAUAUUAGGCGGUCUGGAAGCUACAACUCUCAAACCUUUAGUCGAAGAGGCAAUGCCUACUUUAAUCGAAGCCAUGUACGAUUCGAGUGUCGCCGUCAGAGAUACAGCAGCAUGGACUUUUGGUAGGAUAUGUGAAAUAGUUCCUGAAGCGGCAAUCAAUGACACGUAUUUACAGCCAUUAUUAGAAAGUCUCGUAACCGGUCUUAAGGCUGAACCACGUGUGGCUGCGAACGUUUGUUGGGCUUUCACGGGUCUAGCUGAAGCUGCAUACGAAGCCGUCGACGGCGGCGACUCGCACCAACCAAAGACCUAUUGCAUGUCAACAUAUUUCGAUUUCAUCGUACAAAGAUUAUUAGAAACGACAGACCGUCAAGAUGCAGCGCAACAUAAUUUAAGAUCGGCGGCUUACGAAGCCCUCAUGGAAAUGGUGAAGAAUUCGCCCACAGAUUGCUAUGUAACUGUACAAAAAACAACUAUGGUUAUUUUAGAGAGAUUACACCAAGUACUUCAAAUGGAGAAUCAUAUAUCGAGUCAGUCUGAUAGAUCCCAAUUCAAUGAUCUACAGAGUUUACUUUGUGCGACCUUGCAGUCCGUCUUACGCAAGGUGACUCCAGAAGAUGCGCCUCAUAUAUCAGAUGCAAUUAUGACCGCACUGUUGACAAUGUUUGCUGGAAAUGCUGGCAAGGCCGGCGGAGUACAGGAGGACGCCUUAAUGGCAGUUUCAACGUUAGUCGAAGUUUUAGGUGAGGGCUUCCUCAAAUAUAUGGAUGCGUUCAAGCAAUAUUUAUACGUUGGACUUAAAAAUCAUGCGGAAUAUCAAGUGUGCAUAACGGCCGUUGGUGUCACAGGUGAUAUUUGUCGCGCUCUCAAAAGCAAGGUGCUACCAUAUUGUGACGAAAUCGUAUUUCUUCUGUUAGAAAAUCUUGGUGAUAACUCAAUUCAUCGAUCAGUAAAGCCUCAAAUUCUCUCAGUUUUUGGAGAUAUUGCACUAAGUAUAGGUCCUGAUUUCAGAAAAUACUUCAAUCUAGUAAUGGACAUGUUGCUGCAGGCAAGCAAAGCUCAAGUAGAUCGGUCAGAUUAUGAUAUGGUUGAAUAUUUAUGUGAGUUAAGGGAGAGCGUAUUAGAAGCUUAUACAGGAAUUAUUCAAGGGCUUAAAGGCGCCGGUGGCGAGGUGCAGUCAGACGUAGCUCUGGUUGAGCCUCACGUACCGGCGAUAGUGAACUUCAUGAUCCAAGUGGCUUCAGAACCCGAGCGAACAGACGGUCACAUGUCGGUGAUAGCCGGUCUGACUGGCGAUCUGUGCACGGUGUUCGGCCAAAGAGUACUGCCGAUGUUGGAAACGAGGCCGUUGUUGGAUCUACUCCAAGCGGCGCGGCUUUCACGCACCGCACGCACCAAAACGUUAGCCAAUUGGGCCACUAAGGAAAUCAGGAAGUUGAAACAACAAGCUCCACUUGCCAGCUGAUUCAAAGAAUUGUGGAGCGCCAACAGUGAAGUAACUAGGUUUCACACUACUUAUUGCUGAUAAAAUUCAAGUGUAUUAUUGGAAGAUCAUAUCAUGUCAUUUUUUGAGAAUCGUUAGGUGCAUACAUUGCUGGCCUCAAUGAAAAAUUUUUAAUUUAAAAAAUAUUAAUAAUUAUAGCUCUCUGAAAUAUGUACUUCACAACACUACACUUUUAUUAUAUCAAAUGUAAUCAAUUGACAUGUCUCAUACUCAUGUUCCUUUAUAUAGUAUAAUAUAUAGGGAUAUUAUGAUAAUUAAGCAAAACUCAACUCAUGACAUCAUAGAAGGAGUACAGGAAUUACAAUUAAUAUAUAGAUUAUAACAACAUUUUUAAUUAUUCAGAGAUUUUGAAACAGUCUGUUACAUAAUAUGUAACGGCAACAUUAACAGAAUUAUUGUUUGUUUAUAUCGAUUUGAUAAUUUAAAAUGGCCGAUGCACCUAGCGUGGCAUUGUUGAAUUUCGAUGCCUAACAAAUAAUCUUUCCAUAAUAUUCUCAAGAAAAUAUCGAAGCAUUUCCUAUUUGGUAUUAUAGAUAGACAGUGGCUGUGGUAUCUUUACGUAUGUUAUGUGAAAGGGACUGUAUGUAAGUGGAAGUAUGUUAUUAUAGGCAUGCACAUGUGCAAGGGAUUGUGAAUUUUAUAAAUUAUUAUUAUUGUUUUGUAAGAUAUUAUGAAAGAAUGUAUGAAAGGUGAGUCAUGAGUGUUAAUGAAUGUGUAAAUGUAAAUGUUUGUGUGUUAACUUAGACAACCGUCGGGCUCCGGAACGACGUUGUGUAAGCGACUCCAUCAAAGUUACGAGCGGGACUCGAGGACGCCAUAUUGGUGCUAUACUUUUUAUUCAUCGCAACUAUUCCAUAUUGCCGUAUUAUUUCUCAAUACUUAUCGUUAUUUUUAUGGAAGCAUUAAUUAUUAAGGUUUAUAAUAGUUUCCUUAGAUUUUUAAGGGAAUCAGUUUAUGUUAAAUAACAAAUAUAUGUGACGUAUAACUAAAACGUAUGUAAUUCUUGUGAUGAAUAAAAUGAAAAAUUGCCUUUGGUCUCGGGCUCAUGUUUUGUACAUAUGUAGUUAAAGCUCUUUUUGUUUUCCAUGAUACGUUUUAUUGGCGUACUGAUUGAUGUUGACUACAAUGCACUGACUAUAAAAUAAUGUAAUUAAAUAAGGAAUAAUCUGUUCUUGUGAUCGCGUUGUUAUUUGUUUCAUGAAUCUCAAAAAAAAGAUAAAUGUAAAAAAAAAAUAUUUUAAAAAAGGAAUUUUAAAAUAUCACUAUUUGAAAAAGCAAUAAAACCUCAAUAUUUUUAAAAUGCUAUAAUAUAGUAUAUAAUCCUUAGUACUUCCACGUCAGUGCCUUGAAGUAUUCGAAUUUAAAAUAAAGUUCGUCAUUCUCUUUAUCGCGAUGAUGUCAAACAUUCACGUGUAUAAAUUCGUUGUGAUUAAUAAGAUCAACUUAUUUCAAAUAGCAGUUAUACAUUUACAAGCCGAGAGAGCUUGGUGAGAGCGGCGUGUUAAACAAAUUGUUUGAUUCGUAAUUGAGUGUUUGCUAGUCUGUGAGCAUCACUGGCAGGGAUGAUGUUUGCGCGAAUUAUGCAAGAUUUUUUAUAGAGUGCGUGUAGACGGCCGGGCUCGUGAAAACGGUGUCGUUUAAUAAAUAGCUGUCGACAUUUCGAGUCAUUGACUGAUAGUAAGAGUAUAAUUUUAUGAGAUAGAAUCCUAUUUGUUAUGCUUUAACAUACUUAUAAGUGGUACAUCGUGCCCACGAGCUCGGUUGUGUUGUGUUUUUACAUAAUAUGUCCAUGUUUUAUGAGCUGGUCGGAUUUUUCGUCAGCAGCCUUUGUCAUAUUAUGUGUUUUUGCUAAGGAUGAUAGGAGAAUGUGUGAGGACUAGUGCCAUGCCAUGAAAGGUUCUGAUUUAGAAUCAUAGGCAUUGAGUCGAUGAAUACCACCCACUUUUCCUGCGCGAUACAAAAAAAAUUAAAUUUAUUUUGUUACAUCUUUUUAUUUCCUUCCUUUUUGCUUACGAAUACUAUCCUGUAAACCAUUCUACGAUAAUAAAAAACAAUUUUAAAU